CCACACUCCCCAUCAAUGUCAAACUAAAACAAAAAACAACUGACCUCUUCAUCUCUACUAUAUGUCUUGUAGUGUUGUGUUAUGUAAUUAUGUUAUCUGACAACCCUACCAAUACCAUCUCUCUUCUGCUUUCCCAUAAGUCUUUCUUUUUCUGUAAUCUUAUCAUCUCCUUUUUAAGUAUCAACUCACUCAUUCUCCUCCUUUAUCCUAGAAACUAGAAGAAAAAGCUUCCCACCGUCUGUUUUUGCUUCUGUCUGAUACUCUUCCCAGUCACUACUUGGUUUUGCUGCAUAUAUUAGUUUCUUUCGUACUAUGCUAGCUGCUUAUGUGACAGUAUCAUGAUAAGCUAAUCAAUUUGCCACAUUUGAUCUAUCCAACUUGCCUUCUGGAAAAGAAGUUAUAGCUCAUAUAAGGUUCAUAAAAAUGAUGACUCCAAACUUGAACUUGGAACCUGAAAAUCAGUCAGAAGCACCCCAAGAUCUAGAUCCUAUGACCCUUGACUUGACACUCAAUUUCAGUUCGAGUGAAGCCGAGUUAAUGGGUUCAAGUGAUGCUAGUAGCGAAGUAGGAGCUGCUGAAGUUCAUGCUUCGCCAUCGGUAACUCCAAGGAUAUUCUCUUGUAAUUACUGCAAGAGGAAGUUCUAUAGCUCGCAAGCAUUAGGUGGUCAUCAGAACGCUCACAAAAGGGAGAGGACGAUGGCUAAACGUGCAAUGCGAAUGGGAAUGUUCACCGAAAGGUAUACAAGCCUUGCUUCUCUACCUCUUCAUGGUUCGCCUUUUCGGUCCCUCGGUGUUGAAGCUCAUUCUGCAAUGCAUCAAAGACAUAUGCAACCAUCAUCAUCAAUGAGAGCUCCAGAUAUGAGAGCUGCUGCGAAAUUUGAUAGAAACCAUUUUGGAUCGCUAGUUUACGUUGAAGAUGAUGAUGUAGGUAGCUUUUGGCCCGGAAGUUUUAGACAGGUGGAUCAAGGAGGAGUUGUUAAUAUAGGAUAUCCUCAAACUUCAAAUUCUAGUUUUGUUCCAAUGGCACCUCCUCCACCUCAAGCAUCUGCAUCUCCUGAUCUUACACUGAAGCUAUAAGAUUUGAGAGAUGAUGCAAACAGGGGUAAACCAUUUUUAUGAGGUGUCGGUUCGAUCAAGUGGUAAGAGCUUGACUAUGUAACUUCAGUACCGAGUUCAAAUCCCUUCAUGGACAGUCAUAAAAUGAUCAAUAGGUUCAUAAAAAAAAAAAAACAUAGAUAAACCCUUGAGAAAAUAAUGAGUUGGUGGUUGUAAGAAGUGGUUCAUUCAUUGUUUUACACUCAUCUAAAAUUUCUCAAUCACUCGUUUAUUAUUAUUAUUUUCUAUGAGGGGUUUAUGACUUUAUGAAGGUUUUGCCAAGUGCUUGUAUCAUUUAUCUUAAGAUUAUUUGUCUUUGGUAUCAUUUUAUUCGGACAUUAAAUUAUUGAUUACUAGACAAGAAUGCAUUGUAUGUAUAGUGAGAUGUGUAUUUCCAA